ACAUACUUGAUAGUGUCAACUCGAUAAAAACCUUAUCAGGGCUGUACUUUUUUACUCCGAGGUAUCGUUCAAUCUGUCGUGAGGCAAACUUUAUCUGGAAUAAUACAAUAAAUAAGCAUUCCAUCAAACUCCUUGAAAAGCCCGGCAGUUCAUGAGGCAAGAACCAAAGAUGCUUCAAAAUGUUUGCCCGUAAAUGUAAAAGGAUUUGUGGCCUGAAAAAGCUGGUUCUGCUAACAUUGGCGUGCUGUUUUGCAUUGUAUGCCAGAUCAGUAUGGCUUCGGGCUCGAAGGCUUGAAGAAACACAAAUAAUCAUUCGAACAACCACAGCUAAGCCUUUCUUUGUUGAUGUAUCAGCCUAUCCAAAUGUCUCCGAGGGAAUAUGUGGCCCUGAAUGUGGCGCCAACCAGAUCUCCUUCUAUGUAAAGACUGGGGUAGAAAAGGAUGAACCCCCAAUCAUAUGUGUACAUCGCAGCAUAGUGAUGCAUAGCCAGAAGAACAAUGUUGGAAGAGGAAUGAACGUGGUUGUGAUUAAUAAUAACACACUGAAGGUUGAAGCUGUGAAAUCAUAUGACACAUAUCAGGAUGAUUAUCAGUUUCUGAGAGACCUUAUGACUGGUAUCAAAGAAGGCCAUGCGAUCAUCAUGGCCAGUUUCGAUGAAAUUACUCAGAGUCUCAGUGAGGAAGCCCGCAGAUGGAUGAAAUUGUUCGGAGCAAAACAGGUGGACAGCAUCGGUUACAGAGACUCGUACAUGCUGAUUGGUCAGAAAGGACUUGUCUCUGGGGAUGUGUUGGAAUUUCGUGUACCAAAGAAACAGAAGAAUUUUGCAGACCACCUUGAGAAGAUGGGAUGCCUGUCCCUACCACUGGGGGAGAUCAAGGCAGUGGAGAGUGUAUUGCCCAAAGUGAUGAUUAAAACAGAUAUGAAGUUUGGUGCUGAUAUGCCCAACUGCGGGCUGUCUGCUGGUUGCCAUGACCACAGCUUCCCCGUGAUGGUGAGCACUGGGGUCAAGAGUGACAACCUCCCAGAGAUAUGUGUCAGCGGAAAAAUUGUGAUGGCAAAGGAUGUCAACAAUGCAGGCCGCGGAAUGAAUGUUGUCAUUGUUGACCAUAAGACUGGCCAACCAAAGUCUAUAAACAGAUAUGAUACUUAUGAGAAAGACAGCAUACACAUGGAGAUCCUUCUUGAAACAUUGAUUGACAUGGACAUUGUCAUUAUGUCAGUCCACGACGACGGCUCACGAAAGCUAACCCUUCACACCAUGGAGAUGCUGAAUGGUCUAGGGAGCAGCCUCAUUCAGAAUCUCAAGUUUAGGGACGUGUGGUACUUUGUGGGUCAGAAGGGGCUCAAGGGCUUCUCUACACUUGAGAAGAUCAGCUAUGCAGGGAUGGAUGGGGAAUGGCCCACUCCGCUCAAGGAUUCAUUCUGUGUCUCUAGCAAAGUGCAAUCCACAAACUACAUUCCGGACCCAGUUGCGCGAAGAAAUGAUGUGAAGAGAGAGUUCUGCAAGAAAUACGAUGGCUAUGGAGACUUCUGCUCUGUGGAACAUGUUGAUGAUCCAUUGCUGACCCCAGCCAAGCUGGUGGACGAUAAACUGGCUCAGAAUGCUGUCUACUCAUCCCCUAUCAUCGUUAUACCAGGUUUCAACCACAAUGCGCUGGUCCAGACCCUGGAGACAGUUAUCAUGCAGCCUGGUGUCAGCCGUGACCAUGUGCUGGUGGCUUAUGAUGAGAAGUUUCCGGAACACGGGGAACUCGCCGCCAUGUUUGGCUUCAGGAAUGUCUCGGUGUCAGAUGCCACAGAAUUCUCGGUUCAAGUUAUAAAAGCUUUGGAGAAGGGCGCAGAAAUGUUCCCAAACGCAAAGUAUAUGAUAGUGCUGGAUGAGGAACUGAUGCUGUCCCCAGACUUUCUCAGCUUUCUGGCACAAUGUACACAUGUAUUAGACAAGGAUGACUCGUUAAUAGGGGUCUCUGCAUUUAACUUCAAUGGCUUAGAUGGUAUGCAGACCAACAAGUCCCUGAUGUAUAAGGUGGAGGAUUUCCCAGGCCUUGGCUUUAUGAUCAAAAUGGAGUUCUUCAAAAUAAGAAUGAAACACAAGUUGAAAAACUGCUGCAAUGCAAGGAGCUGGGAAGGCUGGUCCAUGCAGUGCGAGGCUGCCCGCCCAUGUCACAUGCUCGUUCCAGACAUGUCCCGUGUGUUCAGGCAGGUGUACGAGGGCAUGACCCCAGAUGACAGAUAUCUUACCAGUCUGUUCAACACACCCAGGGAAACCAGCCUUGACUCUAAGGUAUCAGUACGUGGUCUGGAGGAGCUGACAGCAGCCCAUUACGAUGCCCACUUGAAAGGGUUGCUAUCUGGUGGGACUGUCCUCAAACCAGAACAACUGCAUACAUGUUCAAGUAACAUCUCUCUUGCGAAAGAUAGCAGGUAAAUAAGGAGCAUGUUUUU